AUGCCUACUUUCCAGUCUAAAACGUUCCGUCGAGCGACGACCGCAUCCUCAUCGCUGGGAGAGCGUCUGGGAGCCCUCUAUCGAGCUCGCCUCACGCGGCACCCCUUUAUGCUUUUUGGUCUUCCCUUUAUUGCUGUGAUUGUGGCCGGAUCCUUCGUUCUCACGCCCGCAGCUGCUCUUCGGUACGAACGAUAUGAUCGCAAGGUCCAGCAAUUGAGCAAAGAGGAGGCCUUUGAACUCGGUCUGAAGGGACCCGACGGUGAAGAAGGAAUCAAACGGAAUCCGCGUCGCCGAAUUAUUGGUGACGAGCGAGAGGAGUACUACAGACUGAUGGCGAAGGAUUUGGACAACUGGGAACAAAAGCGCGUGAAGCGAUUCGAGGGUGAGCCGGAUGGGCGACUGUGA